CCGGGCGACAUGAGCGCCCGCGGACUGCGCCAGGCGCCCGAGCGCGUGAGCCGCGGGCUGGGCAGUGACCUAUGGAUAACCAGCGCCCCACGCCGUCACCGCAAAGGACGUCUCCUUCUGUUAUCCUCACAACCCCCGCCGGUGUCGACUGACAGCCACCUCCCAGGGGGAAACCAAGGGCCGCAGGGUCUGCUGCACAGCAGGGCUAGCGGAAGACUCAGCACUCCUGCCCGUGACCGCUCUGCCAGGUACAAAGAGAAUCUACCUUCCAAGUGUUUCCCGAAGGACAAGAACAGGCCGGAGCUCCCCACCACCCUGGCUGGACAGCAGGCGCUCUUACUAAAGGUGCUGGAGGUGCUCGAUCCUGACAGGAAGCUGGAGGACGCAUGGGGUUAUUGUCAGGACCCCAGAAAAAGAACAAAGGAAUACCCAGAGCUUUUUAGAAAAAAUUCUAUGCAAGUCCACCUGGGACUUCCCAAGAAGAUUCCCGUGCCAUGUUCAGGCCAAUGGCUCUAUGAAGAAAAGCCUUGUAAAAUGGAUUUGCUCCACAAAGAUGGUCUUCUUCUUUAUGAAAAUGUACACAGAAGAGUUAGUGACUUCUGCAACUGGGCUACUGCUUUGGGAAGUUCGAACAUUGAUGAAGAGUUCAUCCUGAGACAGUUUGACGUGGACUGUCCAGGCACACCAAGCCGGGAUGUGCUCCCCACACUGAGGCCAAACCCAGUUCCUCGGGAGCUACAGCCCAGGGUGGGGCUCAACACACAGCAGGAGCUGGAUUCCUUCCAGAAACUGGACUAUCAGAGGAAACUCCAGAAACCACAGAAUCCUUAUAAACCCAAGAAGGUGAAGAUGAGGUACGGAGCAUGGUAUCUGGACACCAAGUUGUGGAAAAAGCAAAGAGCAGAUGAACCCCUAGUUGACCCUAAGGUCUCGCAUAAAGCUCAACAUGAGAAUUUUAAAAAGCGACUACAGGAACAGGAGGAGUUCCUUGCAGACCUUUGUGGAGCAGUUGCCUUUAAGGAUUUCAUUCUGAGCAGGGGCUACAGGAUGCCGAGCUUCCUUGAGAAGAUGUAUCCCAGGAAGGAAUGUCAGCGUGCGUGUAACAAGACUCCUAUAAAACUGACUCAAGCAUAGAAGAAUCUUGGGAAGGUGAUUAGUCAGAUUUUAUCGGCUAUAUACUGGGCUAUUUCUCUCUCUCAUUUUACACAUUAAACAGAAUUUAUGAUGAGUGUACCAUUGUGGAUGUUCAUCUUCGACUUGGCAACAUCUGCAAACGUAGUAUAUAAUACUUAUAAACAUUUCUCAAUGAUUUUCUGCUUCAAUUAAUCAAUAUUUCAUACAUAUUAUCAACUAUGAGAUCAUACGUAAUCUCCCAUUUUUGUAGCAUUGUGAAUAUUACCUAGUAUAU